AAUUCGAAACGUCGUGAGUGUUUCAGCAUCGGCAAUGAUCCGACGCGUCCGACGUGCGCACAGCUGAGAGCUCUGGCUGGGCCGCGCUCGUCGCUCCAUCUUGAGUAGAAUAUAGCUUGUGAAGGUGUAUAAAAUUACUUCAAGAAAUGUCUUCGAACAACCAGAAGCUAUCGACCACGCAACGUAUGAUACAAGCUGUCCCGUUUCCACCGAGUCAUAAGUUGACAGUGGCCGAAGUGUUUGACCAGCGGACAGCAAAACCGCGACCGGACGUGUUAAAGCAGCACUUUAUAUUGGAGGGUCGAAUCGAUGAAGCAGCAGCUCUCCGAAUCAUCAAUGAAGGCGCACAACUCCUACGCGCCGAAAAGACGAUGAUAGAUAUAGAAGCUCCCGUCACAGUAUGUGGAGAUAUACACGGUCAAUUUUAUGACCUUAUGAAAUUAUUUGAAGUAGGGGGACCACCCGCUAGUACAAAGUACCUUUUUCUCGGUGAUUAUGUUGAUAGAGGAUAUUUUAGUAUAGAGUGCGUGUUGUACCUGUGGGCCCUGAAGCUGUGCUACCCUACGACCUUAUUCCUCCUUCGUGGUAACCAUGAGUGUCGCCACCUUACAGAAUAUUUCACUUUUAAACAAGAAUGUAAGAUAAAAUAUUCAGAACGUGUAUAUGAUGCGUGUAUGGAGGCAUUCGACUGCCUGCCUCUUGCGGCGCUGAUGAACCAACAGUUCCUCUGCGUCCAUGGCGGAUUAUCUCCAGAAAUACAUAAUUUAGAUGACAUUCGAAAGUUAGACAGAUUUAAGGAACCGCCCGCUUUCGGGCCGAUGUGCGACCUCCUGUGGUCUGACCCUUUAGAAGACUUCGGUAACGAAAACAACGCAGAACAUUUCUCUCAUAAUUCCGUGAGGGGUUGCUCAUAUUUCUACAGCUACGCUGCCUGCUGCGACUUCCUACAAAAUAAUAACCUUCUAUCAAUAAUUAGAGCACACGAGGCACAAGAUGCGGGGUAUCGAAUGUAUAGGAAAAGUCAAACAACAGGCUUCCCUUCCCUUAUCACAAUUUUCUCAGCACCCAAUUACCUGGACGUGUAUAAUAAUAAGGCAGCCGUACUAAAGUAUGAAAAUAACGUAAUGAACAUUCGCCAAUUUAAUUGUUCGGCGCACCCUUACUGGUUACCAAACUUUAUGGAUGUGUUCACGUGGUCGCUUCCUUUCGUUGGGGAAAAAGUGACGGAAAUGCUCGUGAACGUGCUCAACAUCUGUUCUGAUGACGAACUCGUCUCAGACGGUGAUGAUGCGCUAGAAGAAGCGAAACAGGCAAAAAUUGUUAUUAAAAAACCUGCAGCAAACUUGAGGAAAGAAGUGAUACGUAACAAAAUCCGGGCGAUUGGUAAAAUGGCUCGAGUAUUCUCUGUUCUAAGGGAGGAAAGUGAAUCAGUGUUGCAACUUAAAGGUCUCACGCCUACGGGUGCGCUGCCUCUAGGCGCGUUAUCAGGCGGAAAGACGAGUCUCAAAAACGCGUUGCAAGGAUUCUCUCCUAAUCAUAAGAUAACGAGCUUCGCGGAAGCCAAAGGUUUAGACGCCAUCAAUGAGCGCAUGCCUCCGAGGAAAGAUGCGCCACCGUCGCCGGCUGAAGAAACGCCACAGGACCACAAUCACACCCAAUCUAAUGCACACUCGUGAGCUACACUUAAAUAGGACAUCACAUUGGCCGGCUGCAGGGUCCUGCAGAGGCGCUCACCUCUAUUACAUGUUACAUCUUUCUUAGAUUCUAGCGACAUUUUCUCAUUGGGACGACAGGCUCGUUCACAUCUUAAUGAACAAGUAGCUGGUCUGCUUCCUCUCUCUCUCUGUCUUGUAAAAUUUCUGCUAUUCGUGCCUCGCUCUUGCACACUGCUCUACCGCUACUUUUGCUUGAGGACAAUCAUAUUGUCCGGUGUUAUCAUUCCAUAUCUACUGGUUUUUUAAUCGUUAGCACAACACACGAUCGGGUCCUCUUAGAGUCACUUGAUUAUUUCUAUUAUAUUAUUAUAAAUGUAAACUUGACGUCAUAAAUUUGUUGUAACCAGUAGUGUAAGUAGUAAUUAAUUAACAAAAAAAUAAAUAAAUAGUAAUCACAUAUUAUCAAAUUGUAUAUCGGUCAGCAGUGUGAAAUGGCGGGCUCGACUAGCUGGUCGCACGUGUUGAGUGAUAUAAGCGUGCCAUACCCACCUGUCGCCACAAUUCAUUAAUCAUCAUCACUAUGUGUUAAUUUAAAAGAUAUUGCUAUAUAUAAUAUAUACAUAAUAUUUAAUGAUGACUCAUGUGCUGAGUUGGAAACUUGAUUGUGCGAAAUAAGUACAUUUUAUCUCUCUAUUACUAUUAUAAAAAGUGUUUGAUUUUAAUAUUAACACAAAACACGUCUUUGCUACGAGCUGUACUUAUUUGUUUUUUUGAUUGUACAAAUUGUGUUAUACUAUUAAAUGGUUAAUAUUAACUUUUCCUCUCUGUCUGAGCGAGACGAGAAAUUGUGUAUAUAAUACGUGUACAAAAAUUCAAUCCAAACUUGAUCACUGAAAUUCAUUGUUGUUGCGAAUCUCCAGCACUCGAGGACUGUUGUUUUUAGUAGAAUCAUCUUCCUCAGACAUAGAGUUGGUGUGAAUGUUCAAAAUUCUGUUGUGUGCCAGCGUGUUAAGUUGUAAUACCUAUUAAUCUUUAAAAUUCUGUAAAUUUACUCUAAUAUAUUAUAUACAUAAUAUGGUAUAGUUGAUUAUUAGGUAAUAUCUCAACCAACUAUCGGAUAACUAAUUAGAAUGAUAUCAAAAUUUAAUAUGGCGUCCCUUAACUUUUAUACAAAUGUAAUACACUGUUGCUUAAAGUAUUCGUUACCAGUCAUGAUCACCACCACCCGGGAGAAGAAGAAUAAGUAUUUCGUAUCAAAGUUUGGGGCAUUUUGAUCGACGGUUCUUGAAACUAUAUUUAGCGAAAUGUUGCUGCUAAUCACUGAUGGUUUGUCAUCAUCAAACGAAAUUGUUAGCUAGUCAUUUCAUUCACUACCUCUCGCCUGUACAUACAAUUGUGUUGUUUAAGUUUAAAACUUAAGUUAGUGUAAUAGAGACUGUCGUUAUUAUUAUAUAAUCUGUUCGUAUCGUAUGAACAGAAUGUGGUAUGACGAAGCAAUAAAAUGACAUUUUUCUAAUGACAUUGCGCGAUUGCAAGUGGUUAGUGGACAUGCGCUAAAUAUAUUUUUAACUAUAGUAAAUGUGUAGGUCAUGACCUUUCGUUUCGACUGAUUUGAUUAUUACCGAUAUUUUGGUGGUUUGUGGCGGGGUUUCGACAGCAGAAACGACCAGACUAAAUUCUAAUUAAAUAAAUAAAGCCAGUGGCGGCGUUUCUGGUGCCGAAGUCGCGACCACUUUUAUUGUAAAUGUUGAGCAUCCUCCAAUGGCUCGGUAUAUAAGUAAGCUGACUUAUUUGUGAUAGCUAUCCUUAAUUUUUGAAUAGCUUGGUACUCACGACGUUUGGCAUUUUACCACGGAAUGCCGCUUCGUGAUGCGCAUUUUUUUGAAAAUAAACUUUAAAAAUUGUAUAAAUAUAAAACUAUCUAUAUGCCUUCAUACUUCCUAACUUAUUAUUAUUAUUAUGAUUAUAUAUAAUAAUGCACUGAAGUAUUGGGAUGUUAGACUUUUAAUACUUUAGUACUAUCACUGUGCCACUUUCGGUGGCCGUUUUAAUAUUAAUCUCAGUACUGGAAUUUGACAUUUUUUUGGGAGAAAUGCCACCUUUUUGCUACCUAAACAUCAAUACUCAAGAAUGGCGUAUGUAAUUAUUUUGAUCUCAUCGAGCGAGCAUCGGACAUCUUACGAUUUUCAAAGGGUGGUGUUUUGUGGGCAGUGUGCAUUUCCAGUACGUCUAGAAUUAGCUGAAUGUUUUUAAAUAAUUGAUGAAUAUACAUUAUAUACAUAUUACAAUGCGUUGAUAUAAUUCAUAUCAAUCGAAAUGUGCAAUUUAAGAUGGACAAACUUCUAAAGUUCUGCAUGUUACAUUUGGCAGUUGUUUAUCUGUGAUCGCCUUGCGUUACUGAUUUUAAGUUAUUUUACUUCUGUCAAACAUCUCGGUUCGUUUAUUGUAAUGUUACGAUUAUUCUACAUUUCAAUUGUAAUGGAUAUUUUCAUUUGUGUUCUUAUUAAAUAUACAUAAUUGAAAAUCCUGA